ACCCCAACCCAAUCGGUCAACUGACAUGCUGUAGUGACAAUAUCGACACAGUCACAGUCAUGGAGGACGAGGACUUACAGCUGCAGGCCGAUCUUACUACGACCAUGGCGGACUACCCUGCGGCCACCCCCACGGACAACAGUUCUGCCAACCUGACGGACCCACUUGCCCCUGAUCUGGACGACCUGAACAUCGAACUGUUCCACGGAUACUCCACAGCACUGCUCAGGUUCGCCUCCGCAUGCUGUGUGCUCUUCAUGCUGGUCGGCAUCCCAGGCAAUCUCAUCACGAUCAUCGCGCUCUUCAGGUGCAAAAAGGUGCGCAAUGCCACUGCCGUGUUCAUAAUCAACCUGAGUGUUUCGGACCUGCUGUCGUGUUGCUUCAACCUCCCGCUUGCCGCCUCUACCUUCUGGCAGCGAGCCUGGCGCCACGGCCGCCUGCUCUGUCAUCUCUUCCCUCUCCUCAGGUACGGCCUCCUCGCCGUCUCGCUCUUCACUGUGCUCGCAAUCACCAUCAACCGCUACGUCAUGAUCGGCCAUCCCACCGUCUACCCGAAAUUAUAUCGGAGACAAUAUCUGGGGUUGAUGGUUGCAAGCACCUGGCUAGGUGGGAUUGGGGCACUCGUGGCUACGUGGUUCGGGAAGUGGGGAAGAUUUGGUCUGGAUCCUGAAAUUGGCUCCUGUUCCAUCUUACCUGACCACCACGGCCAUUCUCCCAAAGUCUUCCUCUUUCUUGUAGCUUUCGUCAUUCCCUGUAUUGCUAUCGUUGUGUGCUACGCCAGGAUAUUCUACAUUGUCAGAAAGACUGCUAUGAAAUCAAGGCUUACAGCUCGAAACAGUACGAUAACAACUACAACCAGCGCGACUACUGCCGGCAUAUCCAAAACAUCCUCCUAUUACUCUUCUGGCCGAGUUCGAAUACUGAAGAAGUCUAAUCUUUCCUCAACUGAUGACUCGGCAGUUGGGUCUGUUAGUACAGGUCCGUCAUACUCUACGGAGAAGUCCUCGUCAAUUUUGGACAACGGGAUGUCUUCAGAAAUGUCCGAUAACAUGACAGUUAAAAUGGUAACGCUUCAGACUCCGCAUAAUCUUCUAUCUCCACCUGCAUCGUCACCUGUGCGCUUCCUGAAAAUAUCUGCAGAACCUUCUUCCUCAUCAGGAGUCGAGGGGAAUGCAUUUGACGAGGAGGAAGAGGCGACCUCUAGAAGUGUGACCCCCACAUCGGUCUGUAGCUCAAUGCCUCAUUCUCCCCAUAACUUCCGUAAUGUCAAGCGGAAAAAACGGAAAGAAAGACUGCCCUCUGCUGUUCUAGCCCAAGUCGCCUCGGUGUUUCGGAAAGGAAGUCACAUCAAACAUAACAUAAGUCCUCGACGCAUUAGCUCAAUGAUCCCAGCAGUUCCUGGGAAAAUGACCCCAAAAGACAAAAAGCUUUUGAAAAUGAUUCUUGUGAUUUUCGCCGCGUUCGUGACAUGUUAUCUUCCGAUAACAGUUUCAAAGACAUUCAGGGACUGUUUUGACUUCCGCGAGUUGAAUAUCUCCGGGUACAUCUUGAUCUAUCUGACUACAUGCAUCAAUCCGAUAAUCUACGUGGUGAUGAGCUCUGAAUAUCGUCAAGCCUACAAGAACUUACUGAUGUGUCGAAGCGGGGAGUCCCAAAACCAGCCUCCGGUGAACCCCAGAAGCACUUCCCAGAGGGCAUGACGUCGGAGACACAAUGACCAUAGUGGCGCCACUCAUGGUAAGCCCUAAGGCCAUUGUGGCAGAACAAUUUUCGUCUAAGUUUUCUACCAUUUGUACCAAAAGUCUGCUUUACCGAGCUGAUAUGCAGCUAAUGUACUGAAAUACUCAAUUAUUGGAAGCGUAUUGUCGUAUAGCAGCGACUACAUAUGAUGUAAUAUUGGACAUACUGUCGCCGAUCGUGUGGUUCCGAUUUGUUAAGUAUAUUUUUAUCGUGUUGUUCCAAAAUUAUUUAUAUUUUUUAAUCUUAUCAGUUAACCAAUCCAUAUUAGAUCUACUGUGGAUCUAAAAAUUCUGUUUGCGUCAAUAUUUGUAAAGUAAUAAAAAAUAGAGAUUCUUUUAUUAGACCCAUGAUUUUGGAAAUGCUGUCGUAAUUGGUCAAUUUUAUUGUAUAAUCAUGUUUUUGUUGCAAUCUUUUCGAUGUAAAUUAUUGUUUCUUAACAAUGACAUACCACAACAUUAUGUGUUAUAAGUACGUGUAAUGUAAAGAGUAUUUAAAAUAAAUACAUAAUUGGAAGGUAAAUGUUAAUGUUAAUCCUAGAUAUACAUAGUAUAAUGUCUUAAUGUGAUUUAAAGGUGCUCAUUCGUGUUUUGUAACCUUAGAGUCUUUUACCGUUUUAUAACAUGUUAAGCAUAGUAAUACGUUAUUCUCUGGUUUGAAUAAUGGAAUAUAGAAAUAGUAUACUGUUUUCUAUUACUUAUUUUUCAUAAGGGUUUCAUCAAUUUGGAAGGAAGAAAAUAUAGCAAAGUAAAAGACUUUUUUGAUAAUAAUUUAUUAUUAAGGUAUUUCAACGUCAAAUUGUUUAGAUUGUAUAGCAUAACCACAAUUUAAAAAUGUAGUUAAGAUAAUAAAAAUUAUAUUUCAUAUAGUUUAAAGAUAAGUUUUGGUUACAUUUUUUGAUGACUCAUCUAUAACAUUCCAGUCUUAACAAUCAAUAAAUAAUGUUUGUAUUAAUUAGUAGUCAAGAAUUCAUUAUUUUUAACUUUAUAAUUAGCUUACUUAAACACAUAUGUAUACAACACGUUAAUAAAUCCUACAUUAAGGCUAUAUUUUUUUAAAAAAUUACUUCCACUUUUAAUUAGAACAAAAUUGUUACAUUUAAUAUUGCUAGCAUAAAAAGUCACAACAGUCAAUUAUUAGAAAAUUUAUAAAAGAA